AUGACUAUCUUAAAUAGAGAUGUUCUUUAUUUGAUAUUCAAAGAUUUUCAAGAUGAUAAAAAGUCACUUUUUUCAUGUCUUUCAGUUAAUAAAACUUGGAGUGAAAUAAUUAUUUCAAUUUUAUGGAUAAAUCCUUGGAAAUAUUUAAAGAGAGGAAAUGAGAAAUUAUUAUCAAACGUAAUAAUUUCACAUAUAUCAAAUAAAUCAAAUAAGAAACCUUUAUUUAAUUAUAUUAGUUUAUGUAGACAUUUAAAUUUAAAUGAAAUCGAAAGGAUAUUUAAUAAUCAUAAUCAUUUUGAAGAAAUUAAAAACGAUAUACUUAAUCUUUUUAUUAAUGAAAACACAAAAUAUACUCAUCUUUAUAUAUCACAAAGAUUUGAUUAUCAAAUAAAUCUUAUUCCUAAAUCUAAACAUUGUUUUUCAGAAAUCGAAUUUCUUAGUUGUGACGCUAGUAUAAAUGAUAAUAUUUUAAAUGGAUUAUCAGAAAUGUGCAAAUCAAUUAAAGAAUUAGAACUUUUUAUUCAAAUGGAUAAUUAUAAUUAUGGAAUUACAAAAUUAAUUGAAAAUCAAAAUAAAUUAUUUAAAAUUCAUUUUAUAAUUAAAUAUUCAAUAAAUGAUGAUUCAUUUUGGAAAGUUUUUGAAAAUUCUUUAAUUAAACAUUCAAAUACUAUAAAAUAUUUUAAAUUAACUGAAAAAUUUAUGGAAAGAACUUUUCAAAGGAUAUGUAUAUUGGAAUUAGGUGGUAAUUUUAGAAAUAUGAAAUUGGAUCAUUCUAGGGAAAAUUUAUCUUUACCUUUCUUACGAAUUUUAAAAGCUAAUGAUGUUCCGGUAAAUUUUUUAACAAAUUUGAUUGAAAGUUCAAAUGGUUAUUUAGUAGAAAUUAAUAUUUGUUAUAUUAAUAAUUUAUUAAUACAAAAGUUUGAUAAUAAUAAAAUUAUUCAAACAAUUUAUAAAAAUUGUUCAAACCUUAAGUAUCUUAGAUUAUUAUGUAAAAGUAGUAAUAUUUUAGAAUUAAAAAAUUUAUUGUUUAAUUGUCAAUAUUUAGAUGGGUUAUAUGUUGAUACUAAUUUUGGAAGCGUGAAUUGGAAGGAUUUAUUCAUCAUUUUAACAGAAUCAUCACCAAUUAGUUUGUUUAAAUUUAAAUUCCAUUUUUCUUACGAGUUACCUAAUUUGGAAUAUUUUAAAUUAUUUUUUGAUAAUUGGAAAGGUAGAAAUCCUAUGUUAUUACAAUUCCUUAAAACGGGAAGAAUGAUUAAAGAAUAUAAUGAUUUGAUAGAAAAAUAUAAAUCGGAGGGUAUUAUUAAAAAGUUUGAUUAUGAGGAAUAUUCUGGAGAUUAUUUUGACGAUUUUGAAUGGAUUAAAGCAAAAAAGAAUUAA